GAAGACCGAUUGGAAGAUAGCGAGAGAAGAUUUCAAUGAAAUAUUUCACAUAUUCAAAGAGUACAAUAAAAUAGUUAAUCCUUUAUUGGUGUUAUCUUUCACUGUAAAUAUCUACUUUCUUCUGGUUCAGCUGUUUGGAGCAAUGAAGUAUCCUUUUACUCCUACAAGUUUUUUAUAUUAUAUACUAUCAUUUGGACUUCUUGUUAUAAGAUUGAUGUCAGUUUCUAUAGGAGGAGCAAAGAUACACGAGGAGAGUCAAAAACUGACCACCCUCUUGGCUACAGUACCUUCAUUUCUUUAUAACGAAGAGAUAAAAAGGUUCCUAGUGCAUUUGAAAAUAUGUCCCACGGUUUUGUCGGUCGAUGACUACUUUCAUGCAUCUAAAAGGACAAUGCUUAAAAUAUUUGGUGCUCUGGUAGCAUAUGAAGUGAUUCUGAUCCAAUUUGAUAAAGAACUUAUCACAUAGCACAUGCUAAGAGGUCGUAGUGCUGAAACACUGCA